AUGAAGUUUCAGAAACUUUUUGGGUCCCUGAAAUCCGUCGUUAUUGGAAUGAUUCAUGUCAAAGCUUUGCCAGGUACUCCUCUGGGUUGUCUGAAUAUGCCGCAGAUCAUUAAAGAAGCGUGCCAUGAGGCAGAGGUCUACCUGGAUGCAGGCAUCGAUGGCUUGAUCGUUGAAAACAUGCACGAUGUCCCCUACUCGUUCAGCGUGGGCCCUGAGGUGUGUGCCUGUAUGACAGCGGUCUGCUCUGCUGUCAGAGGUGUCUGCCCCACCCUGCCUCUGGGAGUUCAGAUCCUGUCCUCUGCUAACCAGCAAGCACUGGCUGUGGCUUUAGCUUCAGGUCUGGACUUCAUCAGGGCAGAGGGGUUUGUCUUUUCUCACGUGGCAGAUGAGGGUCUGCUGAAUGCCUGCGCCGGGGACCUUUUGAGGUAUCGCAAGCAGAUCGGAGCAGACGAUGUGCAGAUCUUUACCGACAUCAAAAAGAAGCACAGUUCCCAUGCUCUGACCUCUGAUGUGACUAUAGAGGAAAUGGCCCGAGCCGCUGAAUUCUUCCUGUCAGAUGGACUCAUCAUCACUGGAGCGGCAACCGGAGACCAGGCUGACCCAUGUGAGCUCAGAGACCCAGACAGGAUGAUGGUGACCCUGUCAGCGUACAGCUCAGCCUUCACCCUGUCCAAAGUUCACUGGGGCUGA